AUGCUUGUCGGCAUGCUCGUGAUGGCGAUAUGGGAUGCUGGGGAUGCCUACUACAUCUGGCGAUAUAUGAUCGAUGCCCGGUAUCAGUCUCAGCAUAACACUAAAGCAACGAUGCUGAAAAUCAACUCAACACCGCCCGAGGGAAAAAAGAGUGAGCAUCCAGCGAAGAAUGUGCGCCCUGGAGAUUCGGCAUAUAGGUUUUAUGAGAACCUUGGAUUCAAGCAGAUCGGCCUGAUGGAUGAAGAUGGAGAGAUCCCGAUGGGCAUCACAUUAUGCGAGUAG